UCUUCUUCUUCUUCACUUUUGUAUCUUGUUUGAUCAAUGGAAGACUCAAUGAUGUCUUCUAUUAACAAAGCCAUGUCUUUUAAAGAAGAAAUCGAUUGUCCCGAGGAGAGUGGUUGGACAGAAUAUUUUGAGGACUUCAUGAACGACAAUGGAGAUAAUACUUCUUGUUCUUCUGAUUUUGGGACAUCUUCAUUGGUUUCUGAUGCAGCUUCUGCAUGGAAGUUCUCUGAUCAUCAACAAGUUAUUAAUGGGUACUCUUCAAUGAUGGUCCCCAAGAAGAGCUAUAAAAAAUUGAAUUUCAAGAAGAAAAGAGCCAGAAAACUCCUGGAUGAUGAUGAUUUGGAGGACACUGCAAGUUCUCCUUGCAAUAGUCCCAAGGUUAGCCAGCUGAGUCCAUUCCAUAUGAACAGAAGAAAGAGAGAAGAUGGAAUUGAGAGUUCUCAGGAGAAAGGAAGUAAACAUAUUGAUGAGAGAAAUGAAUUGGGUUUCAUUGGUUCAGAAGCUUACAGUACAGAACUGAAGAAAAGAGGGCUUUGCUUGGCUCCCAUGUCCUUCUUAACGAACCAUCUUGGAUAAUUUAAUCAGUCAGAUUCAACAUAUAUACCUAUACACCUCUCUCUGAAGUGCAAGGCCUAUAAUUGUAUGAAGAACCCCUCUCUCUCUCUCUCUCUCUCUCUCUCUCUCUCUCUCUCAUAUCAUGUAUAUCUUUCAUGUACGAGAAGUGCAAGGCCCAUACUUUUAUGGAAAUUCUCUGUCCCCCUGUGCAUAUCUUGUAAAUCUUUCUUCCAUGCGUGAAAUUGUAUGAACAAUUCUAGUCUUGUUUUUUCAAUACAUUAAUAUCUUUUCAAUCAAA